AUUGAAAUUGAAUUUUAGAAUUUAAAAAAAUCAUGGCAUCCCUCAACAAUGAAAAAUAUGGAAAAAGUUUGGAAAGCCCAACAACAAGACAAUCAAGAGAAAAAAAAAAUUGCCGAAUUAAAAAGAGAUAUAGAAUUAGAACGUGACAAAGAAGACUUGACAAAAUAUGCAAUGGAACAAGGAACUAUUGAAAAAAAAAAUGAUAAGAAACUUGAUUGGAUGUAUAAAGGACCCCAGCAAUCUAUUAAUCGUGAGGAUUAUUUAACCGGAAAAAAAAUUGAUAAAACUUUUGAACAAUUUGCUCUAGCGGAAAAAAAUUUAGAGCGUAAUAAAUUACCAAGCAAUCAUGUAGAAUAUGACUGUGCACCACCAUCACUAAGAUUUUUAUCGGGAAAUGAGCAAGUUGAUCUCGCAAAAAAGUUACAGGAGGAUCCAUUGUUUGCUAUUAAAAAAAAAGAAAUGGAAUCAAGAAGCAAACUUUUACAAAAUCCAAAUAGCAACAAGUCAAGUUCAUCGUUGUCCCAUCGUAAAUCAUCAAAGAGUAAUAAAGAUUCGGAUAGAUCAGUCAGAGAUAAAGAUAGACGUCAAUCUCAGAAAAAAGUAAUACUUUCAGAUAAAGAAAAAUUAAAACGAUUAAAAGAAAUGAUGGCUAAUGCCUCUUGGCGUGACAAAGAACGUAAAAAGAAUAUUAAACGUUACAAAGAACAAGAUAAAUCAGAGCCUUCUGAAAAAAGUUAUAACAAUGAUUUUAUAAGAAAUCAACUAGCUAAAGCGGCAGAAGGAGGAACAGUCGCUUCAAGAAUAAGGUCAAAUAUAAAUAAUAUCCAACGAUCUAAUCGUACUAUGGAUACAAAUUUUGCUAAACGAUAG